AUAAACCCUGUCCCUUGGGAUUAAGAGCGCGGUUCCACUUGCAACAGCUGCCUGCAUAUGUUUUACCGGCUACAGGAAAAGAACAUGCUGCUCCUGCUCCUCUUUCUCCUGAUUUUUAUCUAGUGUUGUUGCUUCCCUCCCUCUGUUUCUCUCUCUGACCUCCUCACAGCUCCACGCCGCUCCACUCCAUACUUGCUUCGUCUCUUGAGAAGACCAAAGCUGAGUUUCCUAGCGCAGCCCCAGGAGAUUUGCUUUCCUGAGCCAACAUUAGGCAAAGAAGACAGAAGGCAAAGGGGGACUGGGGGGGGAAGAAGCUGAAAGUGAGCCAAGCCGUUGCUGGCAACCUUCGUCUCGGUGCUAAACCUGCUAUGAGAGAGACCAGGCAGGGGAGGGACUUUGUUUUGUAGAGAGGAGAAGGAGAACAACUUGACACUGGCUUCCCUUGUGGCAUGUCUGUCCUGAACAUCCCCACCCCGCUGUGUGUUAAAUGAAAGCACGUGAAGAACAUGGGGCUUCCUGCUUGAGAGGGAGGGCAGUGCUGGACCGGGUGAGGGAGGAGGAAGGCAAGCCGCAGUGUCGUGGUGUGGUUUACACCGGGAUCAGAGCUAGAGUGCUUGGGGGUGGGAGCAGAAGGAGAAAGGGCAACCGAUGCCAGCUGCCAACAUGACAGAAACCCUGCAGCUCCCAGCACUGCAAGUCCCCGAGCAGCAGGUGGUGGAGGGGGGCUCUGCCUGGUCCAGCUCCUCCACCCCGACCCUGCGCAGGAAGCGCUUCAAGAUGAGGAGGAUGAAGAAUGUGCAGGAGCAGAGCCUGGAGGCCUGCAGGUAUCAGGAUCCAUCCUCCAGCAAGGAAUACCUGCAGCUCCCAUCCAUUGAAAUCACCCCUUCCAGCGACGAGGACACACCCUGGUCCAACUGCUCCACACCCAGUGCUUCCCCACGGCGCAAGCGCUUCCUCCUUCGGAAGUGGCUGCGUGUGAGAGAGAAGAAGGAAUACAGUGAGAGCAGCAGUCAGCAGAGCAGCCAGCAAAGCAGCCACGAUGAUGACUCGUCCCGGUUCUUGAGCCCUUAUAUGCGUGACGACAGUACUGCCAGUAACUCCAACCGCAGCACGCCUGCCUGCUCCCCGAUCCUGCGCAAACGCUCCCGGUCCCCGACGCCGCAGGACUCCCAAGGAGACGCCAUGGUGGAGAAAGGCUCGGACCACUCGUCAGACAAAUCCCCUUCCACGCCGGAGCAGGGUGUACAGCGUAGCUGUUCCUCUCAGUCAGGCCGCAGCGGGGCCAAGAACUCCAAGAAAAGCCAGAGUUGGUAUAAUGUAUUGAGUCCAACUUACAAACAGCGGAAUGAAGACUUCAGGAAACUCUUCAAGCAGCUUCCUGACACGGAGCGCCUCAUCGUAGAUUACUCAUGCGCGCUACAAAGAGACAUUCUCCUGCAGGGCCGCCUCUACCUCUCUGAAAACUGGAUCUGCUUUUACAGCAACAUCUUCCGCUGGGAGACACUGCUGACGGUUCGCUUGAAGGAUAUCUGCUCGAUGACCAAGGAAAAAACAGCACGGCUCAUUCCUAAUGCCAUCCAAGUUUGCACUGACACUGAAAAGCACUUUUUUACUUCCUUUGGGGCUCGAGACAGGACGUACAUGAUGAUGUUCAGACUGUGGCAGAAUGCUCUCCUUGACAAGCCUCUCUGUCCAAAGGAGCUCUGGCACUUUGUCCACCAGUGUUACGGGAACGAACUGGGUCUGACCAGUGAUGACGAAGACUACGUGCCUCCUGACGAUGACUUCAACACAAUGGGUUGUAGCUGUACUGAGAGGGGUAAACAUAAAAACCUGUGUUCUCUGUGGCGUCUCAGCUACUGCGAAGAAAUCCCCGUGGAAGAGAAUGAAGUCAACGACAGCUCCUCCAAAAGCAGCGUGGAGGCCAAGCCAGAAGCUAGCCCUCAGCUGCCAAAGAAAUCUGUCACUGCCAGCACACUGACAUCCACGGGAAGCAGUGAAGCACCAGCCUCGUUUGAUGGAGUGCUACCAGAGGAGGAGGAGGCAGUGGCAGAGAGUCCUGUGGAAAAAGACAUUGGCAUUGCAAAUAUCAUGGCAGAGAAGAUAGAGAUCAUCAGCCCCGUGAACUCCCCUUCCCUAGACUUCAAUGACAACGAAGACAUUCCCACUGAGCUCAGUGACUCCUCAGAGACCCAUGAUGAGGGGGAAGUCCAAGCCUUUUACGAGGAUCUGAACGGGCGCCAGUAUGUGAAUGAGGUGUUCAACUUCAGCGUGGACAAGCUGUAUGAUUUGCUCUUCACGGACUCUCAGUUCCAGAGGGACUUCAUGGAACAGCGCCGCUUCUCCGAUAUUAUCUUUCAUCCCUGGAAGAAAGAAGAAAAUGGCAAUCAGACCAGAGUGAUCUUGUACACCAUUACCCUCACCAACCCUUUGGCCCCCAAAACUGCCACUGUCACUGAGACACAGACAAUGUACAAAGCCAGCCAGGAAAGCGAGUGCUAUGUCAUAGACGCAGAGGUGCUAACUCACGACGUCCCCUACCACGAUUAUUUCUACACCAUUAACCGCUACACGUUGACUCGUGUUGCCAGAAACAAAAGCCGACUCAGGGUUUCCACAGAGCUGCGUUACAGGAAGCAGCCUUGGGGGCUGGUGAAAUCCUUCAUUGAGAAGAACUUUUGGAGUGGCCUAGAAGAUUAUUUCCGUCACUUGGAGAGUGAGCUGACCAAGACAGAGAGCACGUACCUGGCUGAGGUGCACAGACAAUCCCCCAAAGAGAAGGUGAGCAAGCAAUCGACCGUGCGCCGGAGGAAACGCGCCCAUGCCCACCUGCGGGUGCCGCACUUGGAGGAGGUGCUGAGCCCCGUCACCACCCCCACCGACGAGGAGGUUGCUCAUCGGAUCAAGCAUGUGGCAGGUUCCACUCAGACACGGCACAUCCCUGAGGAGAGCCCCAGCGGCUUCCACCUGCAGAGUGUCUCCAAGCUGCUCCUUGUCAUCAGUUUUGUUCUGGUGCUGCUGGUCAUUCUCAACAUGAUGCUGUUCUACAAGCUCUGGAUGUUAGAAUAUACUACACAGACACUCACGGCAUGGCAGGGCUUGCGACUGCAGGAGAGGUUACCCCAGUCUCAGACAGAAUGGGCUCAGUUACUAGAAUCUCAGCAGAAGUAUCACGACUCAGAGCUACAGAAAUGGCGCGAGAUCAUCAAAUCUUCGGUGAUGCUUCUAGAUCAGAUGAAGGAUUCACUAAUAAAUCUUCAGAAUGGCAUCGGGUCCCGGGACUUCGGGUCAGAUCCAGAGGAGAAACGGAAACGUUUCCACUAACAGGCAGGAAUGCAGGAGGCCAGAGGACGGUGUGCAAUAUGUGUAAAUAGGAUAUAUAAAUAUAUAUAUAUAAAUAUAUAUAUACAGAAUAUAAAUAUAUAUAUUAUAUACAGAUUUUAAGAGAAAAAAACAAAACAAAGCCUACGUAUCGAGAGGAAGGAUUGACCUCCAACACUGGCUGAAAUGGAGCGUCUCGGUGGCAGUGUGCUGUGUGUGUGUGGGGAGGGCUGUGCUCUCCCAGCACUGAGGUGCGCUUAGGGGCACCUUGGAGCGUGCUCCCCUGGGCCUGUGCACCACCCUUGUGUAAUAUUCCUGCCUGUCUCUGUCUGUCUUAUGUUGUUUCAAAGGGAAGCAUCAGCGUGAGUGCCCCCCCACCCCACCCCUCCCUGCGCAUGAAGGUCCCUGGGUGACUGUAUUUAUCUAUACACACGAAGGGGACACUGUCAACUUUCUUACCUUGCUGGCUUCGGGGCGGAGAGGUUUUGGCAGUCGCUGUCAAUGCCUUGCUAAACUAUUCCACAUUCGGAGAGGAGGCUGCAACGAGAGUUGCUGUAGGUCUGCAAAGAACAUCUCUCGCUGGCAAUCAGCUUCUCUAUGUCUUGGAGCAGAGAUGCUAUUUACUGUGGUGCCAGCCAGCCUGGUUCAGAGAGCAGAGCACAGCACAUAAAUGAGCUGAAAUGCUUUCUCCAAACACUAGUUUGAUGCCUCCUGUUAUUGAUACUGCAUUAAUAGCCAAGGAGGUGGUGGGGAGGGGAGUAUCUGCCUACAAGGUGCAUGGAUGGAGGAGAGCCAUGCUGCAGGAAGCACGCUUCCAUCCUUUUGACAGUGUCCCCUGUAGUUCUCUGCUUUCCAUGUGCUUGGGCCCCUGCCAUUGAGCCAUCCCUAUGCUGAAGUUCUACGUCGGUGCUUGAAAGGGUGACUGCCUGUGUGACUCCCCAUGAUGGGGGAGUAUUCCAACUGGAAAAGCAAACCAAAACUAGUAUUGCUUUGCAACUGCUCCCACUCCCCUGGCUCAGCAAAUUUCCCUCCUGCCCCUGGUCUGAGAGACAAUUCUGCUCAUACCUUGUCUUACGAACUCUAUGGGAAACCAGGAGGGAGAGAAAGGACAGCUUCUUAUCUUGCAUGCCUAUAUCUAUAUAGAAACAAGGGCUCUGAAGGUCCAGGAGAGGUUAGGAAGGGUCACGGGGACCAAAAAAAGGAAAGGAAAAAGGGACCAUCAGUGGGUGGCAGGGAUAGAUCUGGAUGGUAUCUGUGGUGCAAGGUAUCUGACUGGUAUCCUUUGUAAGCUGGAUAGUGAGGCUCUACCUCUGUAAGCACGUCAGGUGAUAGAGCUGCAUUAAAAAGACACGAAAAUCCAUUAAAUACGGAUUUUCACUUGUUCUGGGGGAUAAUUCUGGACUCCUGUUAGCAGGCAAAUGAGGAAGAGGGGCAGCAAGACUGUACCCAAACCCACUGCGACUGCCUGGGAUGCAGGAUGCUUGUCUGAAUGUUUAAUCAGUGCUUUUUCAUCUUACCCAGCCACGUAGAUUAGGUGAUGCGCGAGGUCCUCAGUGUCCACCCUGUUCAACACCAGGAUUUUCCCACCUUCUGAAUGGCAGGAGGGAGUCAGCUGCAUAUUCCCUGUAUGCAAACAGUGCAGUUGUAGCUUGUCUGCUGUCUCUAGCUCCAGUGGGCGCUGCAAGAGCAAGGG